UCUCCUCCCACAGGGGGCGGGGAGGGAAGAUGGCGUCGCCCAGUAGCUGGUGAGGAGGGAGGACACGGGGACCCCGGAGAGCGGCCAGACUCGUGCGCCAUGGCCGCGUCCCCGCACACUCUCUCCUCGCGCCUCCUGACAGGUUGGGUAGGAGGAUGUGUCUGCUAUCUUGAAGGAAGAGCUAUCCAGGAAUCCCCUCACAAAUUCAUACAUCUUUUCAGGAAUGUCAACAAGCAGUGGAUUACAUUUCAGCACUUUAGCUUCCUUAACCGCAUGUAUGUCACACAACUGAACAGAAGCCUCAACCAGCAAGUAAAACCAAAGCCAGAGCCAGUGGCAUCUCCUUUCCUUGAAAAAACAUCUUCAGGUGAAACCAAACUAGAACUAUAUGAAAAGAAACCUCUUUCGUCCCCCAGUCUGCCUUUGUCCAGAAAGCCGAAUGAAAAGGAAUUGAUGGAACUAGAAUCUGCCUCAAUAAUUGAAGGCUCAGUAGAUGUUGGAAAAGAGACAAAAGGUGAAAAGCAGUGGAAAGAGAUGAAGCUGCAGGUGGCUGAUUUACCAGGAAUUUUGGCUCGACUAUCCAAAAUCAAACUCACAGCUCUGGUUGUGAGUACCACUGCAGCUGGGUUUGCAUUGGCCCCAGGACCUUUUGACUGGCCCUGCUUCCUGCUGGCCUCUGUUGGGACGGGCCUUGCGUCCUGUGCCGCCAACGCCAUCAAUCAGUUUUUUGAGGUGCCAUUUGACUCAAACAUGAAUAGGACAAAGAACAGACCUCUGGUUCGUGGACAGAUCAGCCCGCUGCUCGCUGUGUCCUUUGCCACUUGUUGUGCUGUCCCAGGAGUUGCCCUUCUGACCUGGGGGGUAAAUCCGCUCACAGGAGCCCUGGGGGUCUUCAACAUUUUCCUGUAUACCUGCUGUUAUACACCCCUGAAGAGGAUCAGCAUUGCCAACACGUGGGUCGGGGCCGUCGUUGGGGCCAUCCCACCUGUCAUGGGCUGGACAGCGGCCACUGGCAGCCUGGAUCCUGGGGCGUUUCUUCUGGGAGGAAUCCUCUACUCCUGGCAGUUCCCGCACUUCAACGCCCUGAGCUGGGGCCUGCGCGAGGACUACUCCCGGGGCGGCUACUGCAUGAUGUCGGUCACGCACCCGGCGCUGUGCCGGCGCGUGGCGCUGCGCCACUGCCUGGCCCUGGGCGCGCUGUCGGCCGCCGCGCCGGUCCUGGACGUCACCACGUGGACCUUCCCCGUCGUCGCCCUCCCGCUCAACCUGUACAUCUCCUACCUCGGCUUCCGCUUCUACGCGGACGCGGACCGCGCCAGCUCGCGGAGACUGUUCUUCUGCAGCCUGUGGCACCUGCCGCUGCUGCUGCUGCUCAUGCUGACCUGCAAGCUGCGGCCGGAGCGCGCCCCCGCCAGCUGAGGGGCCGGGCCCGGCGGGGACAGCAAGCAGCGCGGGGCACACGCACAGUUCUUUCGCAGGGCAGGGAUCGCUGGGCAAUUCUAGAGCGUGAGGAGAGAAAUCGCUGGUUCUAGUACAAAAUUGUGAAAUUAUUUGGUGCUCAGUGAUGACGUGACACUUUUUUUUACUAAUAUCCAAAAUGCUCCCCAAAUAAGAAAUGGGCUGGCUCAAUUGAUAAAUACAGACUUUUUUUCUUUGAGGGUGUUUAUACAUCUCUUUCUCUAACCACCCCUCUCUUUUUUUCCUUCCUCUCGUGGAUGUACCUGUGCACACUUUCCUUUUUUGCUCCCCCCAUCCCCCACCUGCCAGCCAGAGUGGCAGUGGGUGGCCCACAAGGUGAGCACUGGGAAUCUGGUGUUUGUAGCCUGUAUGCUCAGGUCCCUCCAGGGCCUGGUCCCGGGAAAUGCACACUGUGGCCGCAGGCCCCCUUCCCUGUGGAUGAGCUGGGGGCCCCAGUCCCGGCGUUCCCUACCCCGUGUGUUCUCAGCCGCAACUCUCUCAAAUGGUAAUAAACUACCAAGGGUGGGCUGCCACAGGCCGCUGGGGAGAGAGAUGUCAAACGGUUGCCUGGGAGGUCUCAGACUGGACUGCCAGCCCCUUCCGCCUCCACCACCAGUACCCAUCAGCAUUUCCAAACCAGGGAAUCAAAGGCAUCUUUGUAGUUCACUUCAAACUACAGGUGCUGUCUGAAGCACUUCUUUCUGGAAGGGUAGCCCUAGACUUCACUCCAGGAAUCCCUCCGGCUACGAUGCCAUUACUGUACCUCUUCAUCACCACUGUGGAUUGUCAGCUCCUCUUUGGCCCAGCGUUCUCUAGGUUGCGUGAGAAGGGAAGUUAGAAACAAGGGUGUGCUGGGCUGGCCAGCCCACGUAGCUCAGGCUCUCGUCCCUUUAGUGAAACACGCAUUUCCGUCCUGGUGUCUCCUGAAUUCAGAAAUUAGCCUGCACACAUCCAGUGGCUUUAAAAGGCAGAAGCAUGGUUCUGGGCAUUUUGUGAGUUACCCUGUAGCCAGGUGUGGCCUCGGGUACCAAGCACUGUUAGUCACCUGUAGCUCUUUAGUCCUUAGUACUGCCACAGGUUUAUGAAGAGUCCCAUGUGCCUGAAGGUCUUGAAGCUGAACGGGAUGUUUUAAUUACUCCGUCUCCCCGGGGCACUGCUGCUCUGUAGGGGUUCAUUCGAGGGUUUAAGCAGCAUUUAAGCACUCGUGGCAAUAUGCCUAUUGUCUCAAAAUUUCUAAAGUGAUUGCAGAUAGCAUCUGAUUCCUGUUUCUACUUAUCUGAAGUCUCCCCCCUUAGCUGUCCCCAGGUUAUUCACUGAAGGGAACAUGGCAUAGGAAUGUCUGGAGAAAGCAUCUACAACCUGGUACAGCUUUCAAAGUGUAAGAUGUGUUGAUUCUGUCUUCCUCCUACAAUAAAACAGUAUCUAAGGA